CGUCUCUGUUCCAGUAUUCUGGAGAACCCGUUGUUUAGUCGAGGGGUAAAACUUCGACACAGCACUACCAGACUACCGUGUGAGGUAGAGAAGGCCUUUGGCAGCAGAGCUAGCUCUAGGUCAAGUGCACAAAUCACCGCGUGACGUCAGCAUUGGCACUGUGCCUGAAACUGAGCGGUGGGAAAACAACAGACAUGGAGGCAGCACAAGACGAAAGCGAGGAAAGUGUCACCGCCGGGCUGCAGGCUCUUUCUAUCUCGACACCAACGACUGGCGACUCGCGAGAGACACAAACGCUUCAAGGAAAAGUCCACAACGCUAACAGUCCCGAGUCACAGGAAUACGUCAAUGAGGUGUUCCUACAAUUUACACGAAGUUUCUCCUGGCAUGACGCUUCAGCACAGCAAGAUGGUUCACAUAUCAUCACAUUUGCUCCCCUUGACUCGCAAGUCGUGAGCAUGUCAGCUAUAUGCCAUCAAUGGUGCGGCGCCGUGGAAGAGGGAAAGCCUUACUGGCUGGAAAUCCCCCCAAACCAGCUGUUGACGAUGGAGCGAUCGUCACCCAAGCCGACACAACUGACGUCUCUGCAAGUCUUGGAUGUCGCCAGCGUCUCCUUUGGAUGCUUCCUCGAUCACAGCACCUAUAUCAGCCACUGGACGGAGGCAUCUGACGAAACACUGGAUAUCACACUGCACCUAGAGCAUGACAUCCAGUCCCUGUCAGUGUACAUGUCUGUUGAUUAUCCGUACAGUGACGACCUAGGUCCGACAGAGAAGCUAAUCAUCCCCUACUCCGGCAUCGACAAUUUCGUCCUCGUGUGUUCUCGCGAUAGUGAGGACAUAACUCUGUUCUUUCCGCUCAACAGUGUACCCCGAUGUUUCAAGACGAAGACAGUCACCAACAAUUUUGGCGAACAGUACGCCCAGGAGGACAGGAUCCUAUCGUUCUCCUCCUGUACUGCCGACAUCAUGGGUUCCAGCUCGGUGCUGGCCGUGCACAUCACCGACAGCUCAGCAGACGGCUCCGUUACAGAGGACGUGCUGCACAGGCUGCAAAAGGUUGGAUUUGACGUCUACUUUUCGUCGACCAGAGUAAAACAGGCACCUCAAGCUACAGCUGACUUGAAAAUAUUCAAGGACUUCGCGGACUUUUCGGUGACAUAUGCCUUGCACUGCCUGCUGUCGAGGGGUUACAAAGUCUCCGACCGUGUCCAGCCGUCCUUUUUUUCCAACUUGGAGGCUGCUGCGAGGCACGACCCAGUAGCUACAGCAGCCGCUCUUCACCAGGUGGCAGACGGCUGGGUUGACGGGGACUGCUUCUGUGACUUAGAGGAGGCAUUUCAAACAGAGCUGGAGGUGGCGCGUACCACGGGCCCAAACGACGCAGAUGAUCUCCCCGACCAUUACGUCUACGCGAGGAAGGUGGUGGUCACGCCCACUCAAAUGUUGUUCCUCAAGCCCGAGCCUAUCGUCGAGAACAGGGUGGUCCGAGAAUACGGCGUCGACAACUUCAUCCGCGUCGCUUUUCGAGACGAAGACUUCAACAAGCUUACUGCUCCGAACCCCAACUCCAUCAAGUGCGUGACGACACGGGUGAAAGACGUCCUACAGAGAGGCAUCAGGAUCGGAGGGCGCCACUUCGAGUAUCUGGGCUCCUCAAACAGCCAGAUGAGGGAGCACGGCUGUUGGAUGUACGCGGCUGAGGACGAGACGACGACGUCAGACAUCCGCGCCUGGAUGGGCGACCUGUCGCACGAGCGCUGUGUGGCCACGUACGUCUCACGGCUGGGACAGUUCUUCUCCUCCUCUCGGGACGCGGUCAACGUCAGCGUCGAGGACCGAAGCGUCGCCGUGAUCGAUGACGUCACGUCAAGUCAAAGGAGGUAUACGUUCUCCGACGGCAUCGGGAAGAUCUCCGUCCCACUUGCUGAGAAGGUAGCGGCAGCUCUGGGUGUCUCCCCCGUCCCCUCCGCCUUCCAAAUCCGGUACGGCGGCUGUAAGGGUGUGCUGGCGCAGGACCCCAGCCUGGGCCACACGGACCUGAUCCACAUCCGGGGCAGCAUGAAAAAGUUCGAGUCGGAGCACAAAACUCUCGAGGUGACGUCCGUCACCACACCAGGUUCCCUGAGCCUGAACAGACAGGCCAUCACCCUGCUGUCUGGUCUCGGCGUGCCCGAUGAAGAGUUCUUCAAGUUACAGGAACGAGUGCUGAACCAGCUGGCGGAGAUGCUGCUUCUGGACGGGGCGGCUGUCAAGGCUCUGUCUGGUGCCCGAGUGGGCAUAAAUUUCCAGGCUCUCCACAACAGCCGCAUCUCCCUGACGACGGAGCCGUUCUUCCGGUCGAUGCUUCUCGCUGUUUACCGGAAUCAGAUGGGCGAACUCCUCCGGCGAACCAGGAUACAACUGCCCGCUGGAGAGGGCCGGAUCAUGAUGGGGACAAUGGACGAAACAGGCAAGUUGCAGUACGGACAGGUCUUCCUCCAGUACUCACGGGAAACAGACAGGCCACAGGCCGAGAAAAUCGUUCAUCAAGGUCAGGUCACCGUCACCAAAAACCCUUGUUUCCAUCCCGGGGACAUGCGGAAGUUCACGGCUGUGGAUGUGCCGGAGCUGCGACACAUGGUGGACUGCAUCGUCUUCCCGUCGCGAGGACCUCGUCCCCACCCCGACGAGAUGUCCGGGUCGGACCUGGACGGCGACAUGUACUUCGUGACGUGGCGAGAAGGUCUUAUCCUUCCGCGAGAGAACAUCCCAGCUAUGGACUUCACCGCGCAGCCGAAAAAGGUCCUUCGCCGGCCCGUCCAAGUGUCGGACAUGAUAGAAUUUUUUGCCGAGUACAUUAGGAACGAUCAGUUGGGGCUAAUUGCCAAUGCCCAUCUCGUCCAUGCAGACAAGGAGACAAAAGGCAUCUUCUCAGAGAGGUGUAUGGAACUAGCGAAACUCCAUUCAGACGCGGUGGACUUCCCGAAGACCGGCCAGUGUCCCGAGCUCAAGGGAGAUCUCAGGCCCGACAAGUAUCCAGACUUCAUGAUGAAAUCAGACAAGCCACAGUACCGAUCGGAGAAGAUUAUCGGGAAGUUGUUCCGCCAGUGUCAGGCGCUGGAUAACGCCCAGCGCUUCAGUCCUGACCCUGUUGUGGAAGACGACGGGGUUGACCAAGACUUGAUCCGCGAGGGGUUUGAGUCUUACACUGACGACGCACAGACGCAACUUAACAUCUACAACACAAAGAUAAGGUCCAUUAUGUCUUUGUAUGGCAUAAGCAGUGAGGGUGAAGUGGUGUCAGGUUGCAUUCUCAAGGUCAAGCAGCGACUGGGUCUACUGAAGAACGAACGUUUCGAGGUCACUGAAUACGUCAGAGCGAGGUUCAAGACUCUCUGGAGAAAGACUCGCGCUGAGUUCUUCAGACAGUUUGACGAGGAGGAGGAAUCGUCAACGGACAGACGUAGGGAAGAACAACUGAAAAAGGCCUCGGCCUGGUAUAUGGUCACCUAUUCUGACGAUUACAACAACAAACCCCACGGAGCAUCGCCCAAACUUCUCAGCUUUCCCUGGGUGGUAUAUGACGUUCUGGGAGGUCUGAAGAAGAGUGCUCAUGGCCUGGACCCAAGACAAGUCUACAGGGAAGACACGAACAAGGCCGUGGUGUCCAUAUCCAGAAGCGUAAUGGGGCACUCUCAUUUGCAGCUGACACGAAUCGAAGAAGCGCAGAUCAAACAAGAAGAACUCUUUCGAAAGAUACAGACGACAGUGGAAAGAGCUGUGGACGGCGUCAAACUCACCCUCAUAGGUUCCGGUCUGACGAGGAUUUGUAACGACAACUCAACAGUUGAAAUCUUCAUUUCGCGAAUGGGCAGGGUAGAGGAAGACGUUUCUGACCCGCAAAUGCUCCAUUCAGUGUCCAAUGCGGUCAGAUCUGGUCUCGCGGAAGCCACGCACGUUAAGGCAGGAGAAGGAUUGACGUUUCUCUUUAAAACAGGACCAAGAACAAAGUCGACAGUCCACAUCACGUCAGCACUACUCUACCUGAGGAGGUCUGCUUACAUUUACCUCCACACUGCACGGCGGCCGGACAUGUUGGCGCUGCUGCACGUUUUAAUGGACUGGGCGCGAAAGUUUCGCAUCUGCGGAAAGAGCAGGGAUGAUAUCGUCCCGGAAGAGGUUCUUACUUUGCUGUUUCUGAGCUUCGCAGAAACACACGGCUUCGUUCCACAGGUCCUAGAUUCUGACGUCCAGGCUGAAAGUGAGGCGAUCAUCAGAGGUAGCCACUCAACACCACCAGACGGUGAUCAGAUACCAGUAAAUGGAGCUUUGCUGCUGAAGUUCUUUGAACAUUUCAGCUCAAUCUCAAAGAGAGAGUUGCUGGCGCUACCAGAUCCGGCGAUUACGGGAUCCCGGCCGUUGCUUGAGCAUGGCAUCUCCCAGGCCAAGGAGAAGAAGCUGAGAGACAACAUGCUGCACGCCUACCACGACGUGGCGCAGUCGGCCGGAGUGUUCGGCCUCCUCGGCAGACAGAUGACAACACCGGGCCACUUGGUUCUCAACUUGUCGAGGGAAAGUUUUGGUUCCGUUAUGCACUCGGAAGAGUUCAACGCCUUUCGCCUUUCUGACAAGACGGGAGCGCAGGUCGCCAUCAGGCGCCGCAUGUUCCGCGACACCGUCGGCCUUAUUCUCGAGGCGUGGGGCGAUCAAGAGGCUCUCAGGCGACUCGAAGAGGAAGUCGAACAAAUGGAGAUGAAGUCGAAGCACCUUGUGCCUUCGUUUGACCUUCGUCGAUCUUUUGUCGAAGGAGGACACACCAUCGUGUUUGAAGGUUUUACCUCGCCACGGGACAAGAUUCGGCUCGUACCUUAUCGCGGAGAAAAGAAUCCUGACCACGACAAUAAGACGUUAGCUUCGCCUUUCCUGCUAGAAAGGGGACUGUACAACACAGGGGAGAACGGCGUCGAUUUUGACUCAUUCCUGAAAACGCUGAAGCGCCAAGGCAAAUGUAUUAACGACGAAUAUACCGAUUCAAUGCACGGCGAGCUGAGGGCAAUUGCACGUUAUGGUAACGUGUAUGUGUAUAACACGUCACACUUGUCACCAACGAUGACUGUUGAAGAGUUCGACCGUGACCUAAACAAGGGCCACCGGACCGCCGAUGAGUUCUUCAGUGAUUUCAGUGCGGAUACCCGUGGUUCAUAUCGAGGGAGAGGCCGGGGGCGAGGCAGAGGGAGGGGCCGAGGAGGAAGGGGGAUGGGAAGGGUCAUGGAACCCUUUAUGCGCCAGUCUUUCAUCCCGUCAGCGGCCACAAAGGACGUCCUGCAGAAGUUUCUAGAAACGUUCAACUUUGAGGAGUUCACGCGCACAGAGAAGUACAACGUGUCGUGCAGGCUGGAGCGGCGUGUAGAAAACACGAUCAUCCUCGACAAGGACUUGAAUUUCCUCGAGUUUCGCCUUCCGGAUGUUAAGUGGAUGGCGUUGGACCUCAAGCGGCGGCCCAGAAGCGAUCCGUUCGGGACCGACAUUCGCUUCAAACUUCAGUCGCGUCGUAUCCUGAGGGGAGACGAAGUGGAGAAGAGCGAGGCGUACAAGAAGUUCCUAAACCCAGAUCACAAAGUGUUGGAGCAGGGACACAGCUAUGGCCUUCGACACCUCCACGGAGAACCGAGCCUCCUGAUCCAUCCCGCCUACAGAGGCAAGGUCCACUUCGCCCGGAGAAAGCUCAUCCGUCGGUUCCGGGCAGCUGAUGACGUUCAGCACAGCCGCUUCCGAACGGAAGUGGAGGUACGCCUGACCGAGGUGUGCGAGUAUUCCCGACCUGACGACAGCGGUCGGUUCCUCAGCGUCAUCCCCGGGCGACAGGAGGUCACGGUCAUCCCGCCCCUGCCCGACUGGACACGGCCCGAGGAGGUGGACGUCUUCGCGCGGGAAUACUGGCAGUUUUGUCUCGAACUCGGCGACACCUUGUAUCCGUAAAUGUCUUCAUUGGUUUGUCCAUUUAGCACGCACAGCCUGGGC